UGACCCCAGUGAUGGUUGGGACACCGAGGAGGGAGGACGUUGCAUCGCCCUCGUCCUCCUCCACCAUUUUCCUGCACCAUGCCCAUAUUCUCGAAGGACUGGCGGGACCCGGGCGACAGGUGGGUCAAGACCAAUGGCGGCUGGGAGAAGGAGAAGGUGGCCGGCUUUAUCUCCUUCCCUGACGAAGAUACGGCCAGCAGCUUGGAGGACCCUGAACCCGAUGGCCCUGAUCCCCUAUCCCUCCUUACCCGCCGGGGCAGUCGGGGGGAGCUGGUACCCCAACCCCACUGCCGCAUCUACACCCGAAACACGAAGGAGGUUGCUGGGUUCAAUGGCCUCGGGGAAACACUGAUGAAGCUGGACUGCAUCAACGCCGUGAGGGACAUCCGACGCUUCCGCUACAUCUGCAAAUUGCUCGACCUCCUCAUCACACAGAAGCUCUCCACUCUCUCGGGGGGUGCACAGAAGAUGCUCUUCGGGAUGCUGGAGGAGGUGGCUCACGAGGUCACCCGAAGCCAGCAGAACGUCCACCUCCUGCAGCACCUUCUCCAGGAGCUGCGGAAGAGGCUGGAGGACUACCUGUGGGGCAACAAGCUGGGCUCCACCAUCCUCUGGGAGCAGCACUCACGGCGGCUCAGGAACAUCAACGCCAUCGCCACCACCAUCCAGAUAAGAGAGCCAGGUGACGACAUGCACCCCACACUGCAGGAGGUGCCCGAGGAGUGCGUGCGGGAGAUACUCAAGCGCCUAGACAACCACAAUGAUAUAAGGAGUGCUGGCGAGGCGUACAGUGUGAUGGCCAAGGUGAGCAAGGAGAAGAGCAUCUGGCGGCAGCUGUGUCGCUUCCACUGGACGUCGGCGCAGAUCGAGUACAUCAUCCACCUGCACCGGGAGCUGAGGGUGCAGAAGAACUGGCAGCAGGUGUAUGACAGACUCAGGAGAACCUACGGCCUAAGAGAGGAGUACCCAGAGAAGCUGUGUCUGUGUCGGAACUGCAGCUGCAUGUUUUGGGAGUCCUACGGGCACCCCUGCCGCAAUGACCAGGGCUCAGCAGGGGCAGCAGAGGAGGAACAGCAGCAGCAACCACCACCACAGCAGGAGCCACAGGAACCACAACCCCAGCCACAGCAACCACAGCCACAACAACUAGAGGAAGUGAAGACGCCGGACAUCAUUUACAUCACCAUUACACCUCAGCAGUUCCUCAAGUACUUCCACCUUUAGUUGUGUCUGAUAGUGAGAGAAUGAGAGAGAUAGUGUGUGUUUCAAGCAUGUGUGUGUGUGUGUGUGUGUGUGUGUGACAUUUUUGGUGGUGGUGUUGGGGGUAGUAAUCUGCCAGGUGGAAGCACAAGAGCCUUUUCCAACAUCUGCCCAGUAUGUGUGUUAGGUUGCGACACUCAAGGCUACCCUCUCAGCACUUGAUCCUACAACUUACUUUUUCGUAUCUCCCUCGAUAAGGUUUUUGGGAAUGCUUUGUGACUUCUGUUUGUUACGAAUGGAAGCACAGCAGCCUUUUCCAACAUCUGCCCAGUGUGUUAGGCUAUGACACUCAAGGCUACCCUCUCAGCACUUGAUCUUAACGACUUACUCUUUCAUAUCUCCCUUGAUAAGGUUUUUGAGAAUGCCUUGUGACUUCUGUUUGUUAUGAAUGAAAACACAACAGGGUUUUCCAACAUCUGCCCAGUGUGUUAGGUUAUUUCACACAAGGCUACCCUCUCAGCACUUGAUCCUGAUGACUUACUUUUUCAUAUCUCCUCAAUAAGGUUUUUGAGAAUGCCUCGUGACUUCUGUUUGUUAUGAAUGGAAUCACAACAGCCUUUUCCAACAUCUGCCCAGUGUGUUAGGUUAUGACACUCAAGGCUACCCUCUCAGCACUUGAUCCCAACGACUUACUUUUUCAUAUCUCCCUCGAUAAGGUUUUUGAGAAUGCCUUGUGACUUCUGUUUGCUGUGAAUGGAAGCACAACAGCCUUUUCCAACAUCUGCCCAGUGUGUUAGGUUAUGACACACACUCAAGUGUUAGAUCUUGUUAACUUGCUACUUUUUCAUAUUUCUCUCAAUAAGGUUUUUGAGAAUAUCUUGUGAUCUCUGUGCAAUGAACCACAUUUCCAGAGUGUUUUUUAAUAUAGUGCAGCUUUCAGUGUCUUCAGCUGUAGGGUAUGAGGAAGCACUGUUAAUUUCCCCAACAUACAAGUUCCAUUUUCUAAUUUCCCCAACAUACAAGUUCCAUUUUCACAUUUUCUCUUGGUAAGGGUUUUGAAAAUGCCUUGUGACCUCUGUAUGUGACGAACCAUAUUUCUAGGUGAGUGUUUUCAAGUACAGUGCAGCCUUCAGAGUCUUCAGCUGUAUAGUGUGAGAAAGCACUGUUAAUUUUCCCAAUGAUAAAGUUCCACAAUGCUGUAGAGUCAGUUUUAUCUCCUCAGUGUGAGGAGAGGAAGCAACUUUUUAUAUAGGACGUGUUUUGGUAUUUCGUUUUGUAAUGGUCAGUGUUUUUAUAGUUUUGAAGCCCAGCAGAGGGCAGGUGAAGCCUUUUUGAAUCUCGGCGAACGAUACCCAGAUGAGAUGUUAGUGUUUAUGCUCUUGACCCAUCACAGUAAGCAUCAGCAGCAUUGUCUUACUCAUGGUCAUUAAGUGUUAGAUCUCUUAACCCUCUCACGCACCAUGACAUGAAUCUCGUCAAAACAUAUCAUCUACAAUUCGUUUUUUGACGUGAAUCACAUCAUUGAUUUUUCUUUAUACAAUGUUUAUUUGGGAGUCUGCAAAGAUCUGUAUAUUCCAAUUUCUUGCUUCUUUAUCUUUUAUCAAUGCAGUAUAAUCCAUUACAAACCCAAUGAUGUAUAAAAAUAGCAUGGAAAAAGUGUGUUUGUGGAUGAAAUUGAUAACAGAAAAAAAUAUAUCGUCAUGCGUUGUCAGGCCAUCCUGCCACACCCCCUCAGGAGUCUCAAGGGUGUCGCAGAGGAAACGGAAACUUGUUGAACUUUCGGUGCGUGAGAGGGUUAACCUUUUCACUACGGCCGGGCGAAAACAGCGCUCCGCCCCGUAUCCGGUCUGGCCGCGCGUUACAAAUUUGAAAAGUGGCUACAGAAAGUAACAAGUUUUAAGCCGUAAACUCGACAUAAUCAUCAUGUACUAUAUAUAAAAAUAUGCAAAAUUAAAUGGUGAACAUAAAGAAACAUAAAUUAAAAGGCGUACCUAACAAUCACCGAAUGUGGGGUACAAACUUGGCGGAGGGACUUUUUUGGCAGCCAUAGCUGGUAGCGGGUUAAAGAGUAGCCUAUCCAGAUGUUUUGUUUUUAUUUACUAAUGAUCCACGAGACAUCCUAGAGUUAAAUCAAAGUAUGUGCUUAUCUUUGUAUUCAUUCAUACACACACUGGCAAUAUUUCUGUGGGGUCUGAUUCACUUGUUUGAGUGAAAUUCUAUUGUGAUAAACAGGCACCAUUUCGUGUCACUAGUAAGUGAAACAGGUAAUGUAAGUUUUGCCACCAUGAAAUAUACACAAAUAUAUAAAUAUGAAAGCUCACGAAGUCACAAUAAGUGACAUCACCUGCUUUGCGCAGUAAAAAUAUGCUAUUUCAGGUAUCUGACACCCGCAAAAUGGCGUGGGAGCAGCCUCGGUCCUCGGGGUAGUAUUCAUAUUUUCAUAUUAUUGUUCUGUUGUUUAUUCAAUGUUGUGUUCAAGAAAAAGAUUACUCAUAAUUUUAGUUAGUUUUUGGUUACAAGGAUUCUUUACGAAAUACAAAUAUAACAUUACCUUCUACUAGUUAGGAAACGUACUGAAUCCUGGAUUGGCUACGGUGAUGUUAGGUGCGCCUAUUGAUAGUUAUGAGAUGUAUGCAUAAAUAUACAUAUAAAUUUGCGUUAUGCAUUGUUGACGUGUAGCUGCUGAAUUGUAUUUUGUUAUAUUAGUUGUGAUAAAUAGAUUUGUGGAGGAGAAGGAAGGGAAGGACACAGACAUAAGAUCAUGGAAAAUAUCCCACUGAUUCACCAGCAAUAUUUACAGAUUUGACGGAGUAAAAGGUUGAAAGGCCGUCCUCCUGGAGGUGGGUCGUGUGUGUGUGUGUAUUUACCUAUUUGUAUUUGCCUAUUUGUAAUCUACCGGGCCUGAGCUAAGCUCUAAUAGUCCAGUCUUUAUAUCUACUUUUAUCCAGCCUUUCCUUCAUUUGUUGGAUACUGUUCGCCUCCACCACCUCUUCCCGCAAGCUGUUCCAUGUGUUAACACUUCUACAUGGAAAACUAUACUUUUCUUAAGUCACUCAAACAGAUUCCUUUAUUAAGUUUCUUCCUAUGUCUUCUCAGCCCCUGCGUUCUCACAGUUAACCCCUUCAACACGAGGACGCGUAUACUGCGUCCUUGCGUGCCCCGUACCAUAUCCAUGGAUGAGCAUUCUGCGUCCUAGCUCGCUUUAGCCAAUAUACGUUAUUUUAUCUCUAUAUUUAUGCUUACAUCUCAAAAUUAUCAAUUAACUUAUGUUACUUUAUGUGCACCAUUUAACUUUGCAUGUUUUCAUAUAUAAUACAUGAUGAUUAUGUUGAGUUUAUGGCUGAAAACCUGUUAUAUUCAAUAGCGACAUUUGAAAUUUGGUGCGCGCGGCAAAACUGGAUACAGCGCGGGGCGCUGUUUUGGCCCGGCCAUAGUGAAGGGGUUAAAAAGAGAUCAUCUUCAUCUACCUCAUCAAGAUGGGUGUGAGAGGAAAGCAGGAAGGGGAGGCUGCAGCUCCCAUGCAAGCCCGUGUCCCAGAGCCAAGGUGAUGGUCAGACAAUGCACUUUAAAAAAUAGCCAACCACUUGGCAACACAAGGGAAUAGGAACUCCACACACAUACACAUAUAUCACUUCUUUCUUAUUAUUUUUGUUAUUUUCUGUUAGAAUUGAUUGUUACUGUCAAGUACAAAUGUACACAAGACACACUUACGAUUUUACACAGUAAUAACAAUGAAAGUCAAAUAAGACACUAUCAUAUACGACCUACAUCCUAAAAACUAUCUUACAAUAUCCGGGAAGAAAUAACUCGUAUGCUGGCUAAAGCGAGCCAGGACACAGUAUACGCGUCCUCGGAUAUGGUACGGGGCACGCAAGGACGCAGUAUAUGCGUCCUUGUGUUGAAGGGGUUAAUACUUACGAAAGAGCAGAUUUUUCCUUCCUUGCACAUCACUCCCCUCUUGCUCUUACGGGGACAGUGAAGGUGUGUGUGUGCGUGUGUGUUGCAUAAUAGUUUAGGUCGAUGCAGGUUGUGUUACAUGUUAAUUCACUUAUCUUCUAUUACACACAGGCAAGUUUUAGCUGUUCAGUAAAUGCCAGCUUGAGUAGUCCAGAGAGAAAGGUUUGCUGGCAUUUACACGAUAACCUGUAACUGCUUAUUUAAGUUCCGACACGCUGAGACAUGUUUUGCUGUAACCUGAUCCCCUUAGAUUAGUUGGUUAGAUUCUUUGCGAGUUAUUGACUGAUCCUUUCUUAACGCUUUUUUACUUAGCGCAGCAGCGUCGCCGUUUUGUAUUUUUGAUAAUGUGUGUGUGCGUGUUUGUGGUGUUCUGUUCCAUAGACUCGGUUCGAUUUUAAUGUUUGCGAUAUUAAGUUUAGAGAGAAAGAGCAUUUUUACAUUUAAGGGUGUGAUAGAGGAUAUUUUUACUUUAACCAUGUGAGAGAGAGAGAGCUUUGCAAUAUUACUGUUGGAGAGCGAAAAGCGAGCGAGAAUCUUUACUUUUUAAGGGUGUGUGAUAGAGGAUAUUUUUACUUUUAAGAGUGUGAGAGAGAGAGAGAGCUUUAAAUACACAUUCCUCUCAGUGAAAGCUUUAAUACUAUACAAACAUACAUAACCAAGUAUAGAGGUAAAUGUUGAGUGUCAUCAAUGAGUUAAACUAAUCACAUUUCUCCGUGGAUUUACUGGAGGCCAUUUCUCCUCGUCUCAGGCUCCCCUUAGCACCCCCAUGAGGCAGCUUUGUUUGGGGUCUCGGCAGCGUUCGUGGUGGUGUCUCCUCGGCUUGUCUGGGUCUUGUAGUGUGAUAGUUACGAGUGUCUGUUGUCAACUUGUCUCCCUCCACACACACUCGAGUCCCUGCACAUGUUGCCGUUUGUAUGGAGUUGUCGUUUUGGUCGAGGUUGUUUUUAUUCGCCCUUUGUUUCUAUUUUUGUUCUUUUAGUGAGGAUGUGUUAAAGGUUUCUGGCCCUGUAUCUCGGCUACCUCUGCACACAUUGCCUUGUUGAAUUUCAUUAGCAAUCAGUUUUCCGCUUGAAGUCGUCUUAGUUUCAGCGACGUAAUUUUUCUUUUAUCUAACUCAACACUGGAGUAUACUGCGUACUGUACAUCAUGUUACACUUGAUACGGCGUUAGAACAAGCAGAAACAGAAAAGGAUGCGUGCGGUGGCAGUGGAGAUGAGGUGCAGGAGAUGUGACUAUGCCAGACUAGAUGGAAGGGAUAGCAGGAGAUUGGUUUGCAGUUGUUCAGUCACUUAAGCUUAGUGUUGAGGCUGUUUGGACUUGUGAUAAUUUUGUGAUGAGUGUGUGAGUUGGGAGGGUCAUAAGUGAGGGAGAUAAUUGUGAAUGGCAGUUUUAAUUUAGUUCAUGUAUGGAGUGCUUGUUCCCUCUAAAUCCUUCCCUCAAGGACGAUAAACACAGAACAUACCAACAGUAGCUCGCCUCAGUUUAUUUAAAGAUAGAACAAAAUGUUAUAUUUUGACCGUGGGAAUCUAAUCAAACUCCACCAUUGACCGUUGAUACGUCCAAUGCAGCUUUGCAAACGUCCACAUAAAGUUGGCAGCAGCCAUGAUGAGUUACCAAUUUGAUUAGAAAAUUCAUUGACAUCCUAACCAUUAAUCAGAAAAUCUUAAUGACUUUGAGUAACUUUUUAUUCUUAAUAUCAAGGACACUGUCCUUCUUUAUCUUUAGGGUUUGUUUUAUCAUUUUUAAAUCCUGCGCUGCCCCACUCUUCAGGUGUUUUGCAAUAUCUUAGGGUCUGUAACCCCUCCAGUAAUCUUAGUUACAUCUCCAGUCCUUUAAUAUACUUACCAGUGAUCUUGCACUAGACCGGGUCUGUCUACCUAAAGUAGCUCCGUUCGUGAGUAUCCAGAAAGCCUUGCAUUGCUGGUCCUUUCAACGAAAUUUCCUUAGAAGUCUUGCCUUAUGCUCUAACAAACGGUUUGUAAUAUGCUGUUAGCAAAACAAAAAUAUGCAUAAACGUUUUGUCUAGUGUGUGUGUGUAUGCGUGUGUGCGUGCACACACCCAUGUGCAUUCAGUUCAUGUGCAAGUGGCCCGUCUGUGUACUGUUGGUGGCCAUGAUCUCUGUGCCGUGAGUGGAGCAGGGCCGAGCGUGGCGAGGCUCACGGCGUACUCAGUGGCAUUACCGGUGGUCUGUGCUCACCUUGCCUCGGUGGAGGUGAGUCAGUCUGCUUCUCCAGGCUGUUGCUUGCAUGGUGGGCAUUCUUAAGUUUUAAGUUUGACGAUAGUUUUCAUAUUUUAGGUUUUUAAGUUUGACGAUAGUUUUACAUUUUAGGGUCAUUCUGCUGUCAUGGUGUUAGGGAGUAAAGUAUAAAAUCUACAAGGUUUUCUAGUCACAUUGUUUCUGUGGUAAUGAAAAGAUUACUGUGAAGUCUUAUGAAUUGCUAAGCAAAAUGUUAAAUGAUUUAUAUAUAUAAAUGAUAUAGAAAUUAUUUUAUCAGAUCAAGUUUUAAAUGGCCUUGUAAAAUUGCAAUAAAGAAUUAGUGUAAGAUGAAUGUUGCACAAAUAUAGACAAUGUUAUUUUCAGCGUCUGGCGUUACAAAGCGUACCAAAUGCCUUCUCGUACCAGUGUGUUCUCCUACAAACCAUUCAGGUGUUUGGCAAAGGAAUUAUAUUUUUAACAGCUAAGGCUAUGCAACAGAUGUUUUUAAGAACAAAGAAAUUUGCUGUGAUUAUUUUGAUUGUGACAUGGACUCACUCUUAUGUACAUUAAAGAAUUACAAAAGAA